UGCAUUUGGUGCCCCUGAUGUUUCAUGGGAGUGCAAAUGAUACCCCUCUUCUAAUUUUGUCAACGUUUGUGCCCUCCAUGAAACAAAACAGUGUAGCGUUUGCCCUUCUGUCAGUUCAACGUUAGUUUACUAACGGAGGGGCUGACGUGGAAUUUUAUUUUGCUUUUCCUAUUUGCCACGUGGAUUUUAAUUACUGAAUAACAAAAAAAAAAAAAGAGGGGCACGUGCUAGAUGGGUUACUGCUAACCCUAAAUCCCCAAUUUGGGGAUAAAUCCCCAAAUUAGAAACACAGAGGGAAAGGGACCUCAACAAAUCGCGAAAGGGAAAGGGAAAGACGAAGAAGAGGAGCGACGAAGAACACGAGCACGAGAGCUCAACAAAUCGCGAAAGGGAAAGGGAGAAGGCUAAGGGCUCGAGACGAAGAAGAGGCAUACAUGGGUGGGGAAAGCCAUUUCUCUGGAGGGAGCUCUGUUUCCAGUGGCUACGGUCGAAGGAGGAACGUUGUUUUGUGCAAGUGUGGAGAAGUUGCCCCGGUUGUGACUACUUGGACGAACGAGAACGGAAAUAUUGGUAGGCGGUUCUAUGGAUGUGGCAGGUUUAAGGAACAGAACAGGAGGCACUGUGAUUUCUUCCAGUGGUAUGAUGAGUUGGAGGGUAACCCGCGUGACAAGAAAAUAAUUGCAGGCUUGUUGCGUAGAGUAGAUGAGAUGAAGAAGAACCAAGCAAUGUUGAUCAAGUGUUGUAUGCUGGGAUGGUCUGUAGCUGUGUUCCUGUUGAUUGUAUGUGCAAUUCUAAUGGUGAAAAUGAUGAAGUAGAAUUAGGGUGAGAGGAUGAUGUAGUAGAAGUAGGAGAG